AUUCACUGCUUCCUUUCGCGCCGGGUAACCGGAGAGCUGUGCGUCCAUGUGCGCAGUGACUGGGAAUUGAUAGAGCUGUGAUAUAUUAAAAUCCGAGCCGUAAACAGAGUUUUCGUGAUGGAUCCCGAGGCUUUGGUCGAGGCCCUUAGGGGUACGAUGGACCCCAAUCUGCGUGAGGCCGCGGAGCGACAGCUGAACGAGGGUCACGCCCGGGUAAAUUUUGUGUCCACGCUGCUUCGCGUCACCAUGACUGAUCAGCUGGACUUGCCUGUCAGGCAAGCAGGUGUGAUUUACCUUAAGAACAUGAUAACCCAGCACUGGAGCGAUGGAGACGGUUCAGGCACAGAGACGCCUGUUAAUAACAUCCCCGAGGAGGACAGGCAGUUCAUUCGAGACAACAUAGUGGAGGCCAUCAUCCACUCCCCCGAGCGCAUCAGGGUCCAGCUGACAACAUGUAUUCACCACAUGAUCAAGCAUGACUACCCCGGCAAGUGGACGACCAUCGUGGACAAGAUUGGCUUCUACCUGCAGUCAGACAACAGUGCAGGGUGGCUGGGCAUCUUGCUUUGCCUUUACCAGCUUGUCAAAAACUACGAAUACAAGAAACCAGAAGAGCGUCAGCCACUGGUGGCCGCCAUGCACAUCUUCAUGCCCAUGCUGAAAGAACGCUUCAUCCAGCUGCUCCCUGACCACUCUACUGACUCUGUCCUCAUACAGAAACAGAUCUUUAAAAUCCUCUAUGCCCUCUUCCAGUACAACCUUCCUCUGGAGCUCAUCAACAGACAGAACCUGACAGAGUGGAUGGAAAUCCUGAAAACGGUUGUAGACAGAGAUGUGCCUCCGGAGACAAUGCAGAUCGAUGAAGAUGAGCGGCCUGAGCUUCCAUGGUGGAAGUGUAAGAAGUGGGCCCUCCACAUCUUGGCUCGGCUCUUUGAGAGGUAUGGAAGCCCAGGAAACACAACCAAAGAGUACGCAGAGUUUGCUGAACUUUUCCUAAAGGAAUAUGCAGUCGGUGCACAGCAGGUGCUGCUGAAAGUCUUAUACCAAUACAAGGAAAAGCAAUAUGUGGCUCCCAGAGUACUCCAACAGACGCUCAACUAUAUCAACCAGGGGAUAGCGCACGCUCUGACGUGGAAAAACCUCAAACAACACAUCCAGGGCAUCAUUCAGGACGUGGUUUUCCCCCUCAUGUGUUACACAGAUAGCGAUGAGGAGCUCUGGCAGGAGGAUCCAUACGAGUACAUCCGGAUGAAGUUUGAUGUUUUCGAGGAUUUUAUCUCUCCAACAACUGCAGCCCAGACGCUUCUCUUCACUGCCUGCAACAAGAGGAAAGAGGUGCUGCAAAAGACUAUGGGCUUCUGUUACCAGAUUCUCACAGACCCCACCUCUGACCCCAGGAAAAAAGACGGCGCCCUUCACAUGAUAGGCUCUCUGGCUGAAAUCCUGCUCAAGAAAAAGGUAUACAAAGACCAGAUGGAGUUCAUGCUGCAGAAUCACGUCUUCCCCCUGUUCCGCAGUGAACUGGGAUACAUGAGAGCCAGAGCUUGCUGGGUGCUGCAUUACUUCUGUGAGGUGAAGUUCAAAAAUGACCAGAAUCUGCAGACGGCCCUCGAGCUGACCCGCAACUGUCUAAUCAAUGACAAUGAGAUGCCAGUUAAGGUGGAGGCCGCUAUCGCCCUGCAGGUUCUCAUUAGCAAUCAGGAGAAGGCCAAAGAAUACAUCACCCCCUUCAUUCGGCCAGUGAUGCAGGCGCUGCUGCACAUCGUCAGAGAGACGGAGAAUGACGACCUCACUAAUGUCAUACAGAAGAUGAUCUGCGAAUACAGUGAGGAGGUCACCCCAAUUGCAGUGGAGAUGACACAGCAUUUGGCCAUGACGUUCAACCAGGUGAUUCAGACGGGCCCUGACGAGGAGGGAGGGGAUGACAAGGCUGUGACCGCCAUGGGCAUCCUCAACACCAUCGACACACUGCUGAGUGUGGUGGAGGACCACAAAGAGAUCACCCAGCAGCUCGAGGGCAUCUGUCUGCAGGUCAUUGGCACUGUGCUGCAGCAGCAUGUACUGGAAUUCUAUGAGGAGAUCCUGUCCUUGGCCCACAGCCUCACCUGCCAGCAGGUGUCGCCGCAGAUGUGGCAGCUCCUUCCACUUGUGUAUGAAGUCUUCCAGCAGGAUGGGUUUGACUACUUCACAGAUAUGAUGCCUCUCCUUCACAACUAUGUCACAGUUGAUACGGACACCCUCCUCUCUGACACUAAAUACCUGGAGAUAAUCUAUAGCAUGUGUAAGAAGAUCCUGACGGGCGAUCCAGGUGAGGACCCAGAGUGCCACGCAGCCAAGCUCCUAGAAGUGAUCAUUCUGCAGUGCAAAGGCCGCGGCAUUGAUCAGGUUGUGCCUUUGUUUGUGACGACUGCACUGGAGCGUUUGACGCGGGAGGUGAAGACCAGCGAGCUGAGGACUAUGUGCCUCCAGGUGGCCAUCGCUGCACUGUACUACAGCCCUCCUCUGCUCCUCAACACUCUGGAGAAUCUCCGCUUUCCCAACAACACAGAACCAAUCACAAACCACUUCAUAAGCCAGUGGCUGAAAGACGUUGACUGCUUCCUUGGCCUUCAUGACAGGAAGAUGUGCAUUCUGGGACUAUGUGCUCUCAUGGAUCUCGAGCACAGGCCUCAGGCCAUCAACCAGGUGGCCAGCCAGCUUCUUCCAGCAGCCAUCUUGCUUUUCAGUGGCCUCAAGAGGGCGUACGCUUGUCGAGCAGAGCAUGAGAACGAUGAAGAUGAUGACGAGGAGGAUGGGGAAGAAGAGGAUGAUAAUGCGGAGCUGGGCAGCGACGAGGAUGACAUUGACGAGGAGGGUCAGGAAUACUUGGAGAUGCUGGCAAAGCAUGCAGGAGAGGACGGAGACGACGAGGACUGGGAGGAGGAUGAUGCAGAGGAGACGGCACUCGAGGGCUACACUACAGCCGUAGAUGACGAAGAUAACUUGGUGGAUGAAUAUCAGAUCUUCAAAGUCAUUCUACAGAAUCUCCAGACCCGUGACCCAGCAUGGUACCAGGCGCUAACGCAAUCUCUCGACGAGGAACAGGGCAAACAGCUUCAGGACAUCGCCACACUUGCAGAUCAGAGACGGGCAGCACAUGAAUCCAAGAUGAUCGAGAAACACGGCGGAUACAAGUUCACAGCGCCAGUGGUGCCAUCUACUUUCAACUUUGGAGGCACUGCUCCAGGAAUGAAUUGAGUCAUCUGUUCUACUUUUUAUUACUCCGUGACUGAUUGUAGUGAAGUGAAAAAAGAAGAAAAAAAAAAAAAAGCUUGUGUUGUUCCCUUAAGUAGUGGUUCCAGAACUGGUUCUUCUCAGUCAUUCUUCAAUCUGUCAAAUGGGGGAAAUUGCACCAAAAUGCAACCAGUGGCUGGGAGGAAAACGAACCAAGAACUUGAGCACGAUGCAGGAGAUGAUGAUGAUGAUGAUGAAGAAGCUCUGAACAGCGCUGUCUUCUGGAGCCCAGCGUGGAGGGGAUACCAUGACAGCAACUCUUUUUGGCUUUGUGUUGUUUUUUUUUUUUGUUUGUUUGUUUUUUUCUCACUUACACAAAAUUUGGGGGAUUAACUGUUAGAAUUGAUAAUGGGACUAAAUAUUUCAUUAUCACUGUCAUGGCCAUUUGGCCUAAUAAGAUUAUACCUCUGGUAGUGGUGAAAUCAACGUUAUUUUCAGCAUAAACAAAACUCAUGUUUAUGUACAUACAAGCCAAGGUUAUUGUUUAUUUUUCAAGUAGCCUUGAAAAAAAACAACCAGAGGCAUUUGUAAGGUAUCAACAGCUGUAUUCAUAUGUAGCAUAUUGGAUAAUUCAUAGCACUAUGUGAUGCCUGAUCUCUGUAAAUUAAUAAUACUAGCACUUUCAUAUUGUUCAGGUCUCCUAGCCCUCUGUAUCAGACUGCAAAUUUUUUUUAAAUUGAAAACUAUUUAAAAUGAAAACAGCUGUAACUUUGUUACUUUGCAAGUGAUUUCUGUAAUGGCAGGUUGUGAUAAUCUGGUUACAGAGGGGAUCAGUGGGCGACUUCAGGAAAAGAGAAUGCUUUUGGUGUUCACUAUUGGCUGCAGGACAAGUGUUUGUGAGCACUGACAGUGCAGUUGGAUACAUCUUUGAAGCAUGUACAAUUGGACUUAUCGUGAAGGUCUCAAGCUUUUGGUUGGUGUAUGGAUGAACCAUCUAUAUAUACAACAACAUAUUAAAAAAAACAAAAAAGAUAAGGGAAUUCAUGAUGACGAGUGUUUCCUUAUCCAGGCUUGUGUCUUUA